AUGGGCAACGUUGACCAGGAAGAACAGCUAUACUUGCAGGAUGUCGAAGCAGUGAAGAAGUGGUGGACAGACUCAAGAUGGCGACACACGAAACGACCUUAUACCGCCGAAGCCAUUGUGCAAAAGAGAGGCACCCUAAAGAUUCAGUAUCCCAGCAAUGAUUUGGCUAAAAAACUCUGGGUUUUAAUGGAACAGCGUUUCGCUGACCGCACCGCCUCUGCAACAUUCGGCUGCCUAGAGCCAACUAUGCUCACGCAAAUGAACAAGUAUCUUGAUACGGUCUAUGUAUCCGGCUGGCAAUCCUCCUCAACCGCCUCUUCUACCGAUGAGCCAUCUCCCGAUCUGGCAGACUACCCCAUGAACACCGUCCCAAACAAAGUCCAGCAUCUCUUCAUGGCGCAGCUCUUCCACGACCGGAAACAACGUGAAGAACGCCUCACCACUCCCAAAGAGAAGCGCUCCCAGGUUGCCAACGUCGAUUACCUCCGUCCCAUUGUCGCCGACGCCGACACCGGCCAUGGCGGUCUCUCGGCCGUUAUGAAGCUCACCAAGCUCUUCGUCGAGAAGGGUGCCGCGGGCAUUCACAUCGAAGAUCAAGCCCCCGGCACCAAGAAGUGUGGGCACAUGGCCGGCAAGGUCCUGGUACCCAUCAACGAGCACAUCAACCGCCUGGUCGCCAUCCGAGCCCAAGCCGACAUCAUGGGCGUCGACCUCCUCGCCGUAGCACGCACCGAUUCCGAAGCCGCCACCCUCAUCACCUCGACCAUCGAUCACCGCGACCACGGCUUCAUUCUUGGCUCCACAAACGCCAACCUCCAACCGCUCAACGACCUGAUGGUUGCCGCCGAGCAGCAGGGCAAAGUGGGCGACGCGCUCGAGGCGAUCGAGUCCAAGUGGAUCGAGCAGGCGCACCUCAUGCUCUUCGACGACGCGGUCGUCAAAGCCAUUAACGAGGGCGUGCACGUCGACAAGAAGGGCCUGAUUGAGAAAUACAAGCAGGCCGCCAAGGGCAAGAGCAACUCCGAGGCCCGCGCCAUCGCAAAGGGCAUCACGGGCGUGGACAUCCAUUGGGAUUGGGACGCUCCGAGGACGAGAGAAGGCUACUACCGCUUCCAGGGCGGGUGCCCCGCCGCCAUCAACAGAGCUGUCGCCUACGCUCCCUACGCGGACAUGAUCUGGAUGGAGAGCAAGUUGCCGGACUACAAGCAGGCGGAAGAGUUCGCCUCUGGCGUGCACGCAGUGUGGCCUGAGCAGAAGCUCGCCUACAACCUCUCGCCCUCCUUCAACUGGAAGGCCGCCAUGGAAGCCAAGGACCAGGAAACCUACAUCAAGCGCCUGGGCGAGCUCGGCUACUGCUGGCAGUUCAUCACCCUUGCAGGCCUGCACUCGACGGCCCUCAUCUCCAACAAGUUCUCCAAGCAGUACGCGCAGCGCGGCAUGCGCGCCUACGGCGAGCUGAUCCAGGAGCCCGAGAUGGAGGAGAAGGUCGAUGUGGUGACGCAUCAGAAGUGGAGUGGCGCGAAUUAUGUGGAUAAUAUGCUGAAGAUGGUCACGGGAGGAGUGUCUAGCACGUCCGCCAUGGGGAAAGGCGUCACGGAAGACCAGUUUCAUUGA